AAACUUAGCCAAUAACAUAAUCUAACCUAUAAAUGGUAUUAAAUUGUUAACCAUUAUUUUAUGUAAACAUAAUUUAACAACUUGUAAACAUAAAACGUCAUAAAUAUUGAUCGAAAAAUAUGGUAAAAAUGUCCGUAGAUUUAAUAGGAAGUAAAGAGUUGCAUUUGACUAGGUUAGUUCAAUUUCCGGAAAGAAGGAAUCAUCCAAGCAAGUUGGAGUAGCGGACUUGCUUGAAAAUGACUGCUGUUGCUAUGUCUCCUGCUUCUCAUGGUAUUAUUCAAGCAGUUAAUGAAAAUAAUUUAAUUAAAAUUGAAAGUUUUCUCAAUGACACAGCAUACAGGGAAGCCAUUGAAAACUCGUCAAAUUAUAAUAGUCGAUUAUGCAGAGAAAGAAGGUUACGUAUGCCUUUUUUGGACUCGCAGACGGGUGUAGCACAGAAUCAUUCGACGCUGUUCAUGUCACCAAGAGAAAGGUUACCAGGAUUAUUACAUGGACAAAUUUAUACCUAUCCAAGCAAGCGAUGGAGGAAAAAGCGGCGUCAGUAUCUAAUGCAUUAUUUACAUCCAAAACGAAUGAUGAGAGGUGACAUUGAAGAUGGAUCAGAGGGUAUAGAAACUAUAACACAUGUUAACGAUGAUAGUAAAGAAUCAGUUGGACUUAAAGAUGAACAUAGUAAAGAUGCAUGGUAUUAUGACGAACAAGACAUGUUGGAUAUGGAUGCAUACGAAGAGCCUGACCCAGAUAGUGAUUAUGAUUACGAAGAAAGUUACAGUAGUAAAAGGAAAAGAAGAAAACACAGAGGUGGUGGCCAUCAUCCUGCCAGAAGCCAUCCACCGACCACAGAUAGUCCUGGGACCAAACGCACAAAGGGUGGGGGACGUGGCCGAAAGAAAACAAACUAUGAUGCUGUAGACUCUGAUAAGCCAUUCGUUUGUGACCUAUGCAGCGCACGGUAUAAAACCAGACCUGGUCUGGUCUACCAUUAUGGUCAUUCCCACUCUACCUCCUCUGGUGAUCCUGCUAAGGAACUAAGUCCCAGUCCUGCCGAAGUUGAACCUAGGAGCGUUGCAGACACCGCUGCUUCGAACCAGCCAGGGCAUCCAACAUGUUUGCAAUUCACUGCAAACAUGAUCGUUUCUGUUCGCAAGUACAGGUGGCAAUGUAUCGAAUGCAAAUGUUGCUCCAUAUGUGGCACUUCUGACAACGACGAUCAGCUGCUGUUCUGUGACGACUGUGAUCGUGGGUACCACAUGUAUUGUCUAUCUCCACCUCUCGCAUCUCCUCCAGAGGGCUCCUGGUCUUGCCGUCUGUGCAUAGCAGAAUUUCAUCGCCGUGAUUAAGUCUGAUAUCGUAGAUAAGUCACGCGAUUUUAUCUAUUUCUCGCUGUGCGGUGCGACUACGGUUGUCUUUGAAUUAGGAGAGUAUUCUUUACAGCCAAUCCUCAAAUCCCUAACUCCCCCUCCUUGACUCGGCUCGAUUUUCCGUAUAUAGUAUUAUUAUUGUAGAUUUCAAUGAUCUAUAUCGAUCCGGUGAAUUUAAUAUUAAUUCAUUCUUAACGAAACAACCUCCCAAGGAGAAGAGAUUUUUAUUCAUUAACGAGAUAUCUCCAAACAUUUGCCAUUCUUUUUAUUUUCUUCUUUUGUUUAAACUAUAUUUAUUAAAAAAGAACGAUUUGAAAGAGAGUGUACGCGACUCGCUGUGGUUUUAUUAGACAUCUCUCAGGCAUUGCUGGAUCUCAGAAAGCUAAAAGUGUAAUAAAUGUAUUUAUGAUUUUUUUUUUUUAAUAAGGUAGCUCUUACAAAUAGUUAUAUAUAUAAAUAUAUUAGCUUCUCUUAUAACAGACGCCAUGGAACAACAUGGGUUUCUACGAGAAAACGGACAAAGAGAUUAAUAUUGUUUUAAGCGAAAUAAAUAAAACAGAGAAGAUAUACAUAUGUUUGCUCAAAUAUUUCGACUGGAAAUACAUGAAAAUAUGACAAGUGUAUUUUUUAUUCGUUUUUAGAACUCAAACAUAUAGAUAUAUGUUUAUACAUAUGUAUAUGUAUGUAUGCUAGUAAACUUUAUAUAUAUAUAUAUAUAUAGCAUACAUAUGUAUUUAUAUAUAUAAAUGCUGUAACAAAAUGACAGGAAUAAUUAGUUUUAAGUUGAAUGGAAUACGAUGCUCUCCUAGUUCUGGAUCAAUCUAUAUUUAGUCACUGACACUUAAUAUGUUGUUUGGUUGCUUUUAAUUGAAGUUUUAAAAUGAAAUGAAAUGACAUGAAACGAAUCGAAAUGAAACAAAACGAAAGAACUUAAAAAAAAGAACAAACCCAGAUUUGCUUAAAAAUUUUUAAUAAAACUUUUGGUGAUCUCAAAUUUUCAUACUAACUCUUAGCUCCUCGCUAUUAACUUGGAUAUGUAAAUCCAAGUGUCAUGGAAGAUGCAAAAGUAAAGUAAAAUAAAGAAAAACAAUGAUAUUCUAGAUUAAAAAAAAAAUUAUAAAAUAAAAUUAACAAAACACAUGAUAUUAUUAAUAUCUGUUUCGUAAAUAGAGCGAUAAAUAGAAAACAUUCUCUGUUUAUCUGUACGUAUCAAUGAUAUUUAAGCUUUUACACUUAUUGACAUAGCCAUUAGUAGCAGCAUAGCUAUGAGAUACAGACUUAACGGUUCUGCAACAAGAAGAAAGCAAACAAAAAAUACGAAAAAGAAAAAAAA